ACAGCAAGUCAAUCAUGAUCAAUUAUGCAAAUUACUUUUUCAUCAUUGUCAUCAUUGUCAUCGUCGUCGUUAUGUAUAAAAGGGCGAUGAAAUGAUUGAUCGAUUUCAGUUUCGAGCGACGACUGUCAUUAUAAAUCAUUUUACUUUCGUCUGACAUGCGAUUCGAUUGCUCAAUUUUCGUUCUCGUUGCCUUUGGCUAUACUGCCAUCGGGUCGUCGCAACAACAACAGGAUGCUUUCAUCGCAAAAUAUUUGGAUUUAGUAAAUGUAUAUUUUGAUCAUCGGCAUGUUUCCAUUCUAACUCAAUUUACCUGCUUUUCGAUGUCACAACGUGCAUAUGUUAGUGCAAAAUUAUCAGCCAAAUCUUUUCAAUUGCGUCACAUUACACAUUUCAAUAGUAUUUUACGUUUGAUUGAUACGCCGCGUCACACCACGCAGGGAUUCGUGGUUGAUAUUUCUUGCGACAAUUUUCUUACCAUUUUCACGCAAGAAGACUUUAAAAUCAUCUUUAAAAAUAACAAUUUUUGGCUUUUCGUUGAUUUUGAGGAUGAUCAAAUAGAUUUGCUCACCGAUCGCCAGAAUUGGUUGACCACCCUUGACAUGUUACCAAUAAGUGAAGCAAUGUUUGCAAAGCGUUUUCGCAACAUUUCGGAUCCAGCAAUCGAUUGGAUUUUAUUCGAUAUUUAUAAAAUUGCUCCCCAUUUUCCGCUUGAAGUAUCGAUAUAUGGUCAUGUGUUCAAUAAAAAUACCAUCAUCAAUGUGAACGCAGACAAUAAAAUGACGAAAACCCAAUGGAUUCAAGUUACUGAUAAAUUUACCAGCAAAUCCAAUAGAGAUGAUCUUAUGGGUCUUCAAUUGAAAUGUGGCCUUGUGAUUGCUUAUCCUGAGAGAUACACGUAUUUAGAAGAUCCAAAAGUUGAAAAUGUUGAUAUAUUCACUAAAGGAACAGCGUCAGUUGCAGCAAAUAUGAGAGAAAAUUUAAAUAUGAGCUGUGAUAUUAUUCAAAUGGAUUCAUAUGGAUGGAAUAUAAACGGCACAUUCAAUGGUGUAAUGGGUUUGUUUCAACAAAAACGUAUUCAAAUGCUUUCUCAUGCCACAAUAAUGCGUGAAGACCGUUUGGCAGCUGUUGAAUUUACCGGGGAAGUUUUUGUUAUCGAGACACCAAUUAUUUUUCGCCAACCACCCCUUUCCACCAUUUCCAAUAUUUUCGUGCUACCAUUAGAUACGCAGGUGUGGCGAUGUUGUUUUGUAAUAAUGAUAAUUUCAAUCAUAGUAAUGUACACGCAAUUCGCGUGUGUGCAUGCAUCGCUGCGGGCUCGGAUGUCGACAUACGAUGUUGUAACUUUUGUAUGGGGCGCCGUUUGUCAACAGGGUACACACUUGGUUAUUUCAACUACAUCGGGUCGAUUUGUCAUGAUAACAACAUUUUUGGCUACGCUUGCAAUUUUCACAUCAUAUUCAGCAAGUAUUGUGGCAUUGCUUCAAAGUCCAAGCCAUUUAAUUCGGGACAUAAAUGAUUUAUUGAAUUCACCAUUGAAAAUGGCACUUCAAGAAGCUGGAUACAAUCGGUACAAUUAUUUGGUGGAAAAUAUUACACUGCUUCAAACAGUUUAUGAGAAAAAAAUUAAGCCCGAGGGAGAUAAAGGUUGGAUUUACGAUCCGUUUGUGGGGGUUGAGAAAAUCCGUACACAAUUAUUUGCUUUCCAAGUUGAAGCAGCGUCAGCUUACAAGGCUGUCGCUCAAACCUAUACCGAAAGUGAAAAAUGCAGUUUAAGUGAAAUCCAUGUAUUGCGAUUGGCUGUUACUACUGUAACGGUUGAACGAAACAGCCCAUAUAAAGAGCUGGUUAAGCGAAGGCUUCGAUGGCAACGAGAAAAUGGAUUAAUGAACAAGUAUAAGCGCAGAUGGUUUCCAAAGAAGCCCAUUUGUGAGGGUGGUGCACGAGGAUUCAUGACGGUUGGAUUACAAGAAGUUAAACCAGCUUUAUAUCUUUUACUUAUCGGCACAUCAUUGUCGUUGGCAUUUUUAUUAUUGGAAAUUGUUAUUUACUAUUUAAUACGGUUUAAUAAGAAGAAAAUUAAGAAAGUACAUCGUACAAGUGAAACAAUCAUUAAAAAGUAUUGGACAGAUGUUCAAAAUAAACAUUGACAAUGAAAUUUAAAA